AUGAACACGCACAAUCGUACGGCCCUUCGCAACGCAUCGUUCCGGUGCACCGCCAAUGCAAUAACAUCGGCACCUGCGCCCUUAGCCGUAACAUUUGAGCUCUCAGGCACAUACACGAACACUCCUUCAUGUGCGAUAAGGUGCACGAAAUGCAGGGGAUACAUCUCGCCCUACUGCGAAAUUCUAAGUCCUGGCGAGCAGUGGCGAUGUGCACUGUGCAGGUGCCUAAACACCGUAGACACGCCGUUCAUCAGCCAGGGCGGUUUUCUGAACCAGGACGGCUUCCAUCCGCUGCGCAACUACCUUUUUAACGUGGAAAAUAUGCGUGAUGAGCGGCUGGUCAACAUGAAACUUGAGAUGGACGCGAGCAAUGCGUACCUGAAGCAGCCCUCAUACAUUUUUGUGAUCGAAUGCACCAGUGACGCGUAUAAACGCGGGGUGGUUAGCAGCGUAUGCAGCACACUGCGAAGAAACAUGAAGUGCCUCGGCGAUGCGCGUGUUGGUGUGGUGUUCUACGCAAAGACGCUGUGCAUCGUUGGGCACAGUGGUGCAGUCGUGGUGAGCGAUUUUGAUCAUUUGCCUGUUUUUAACAUGGACGAUGUUCUUUUUGAUGCGCACAGCGUGCCUGAUCUGGAAAUGACGGCUGAGUUUUUGGGACGAGAGGCGUGUGCAGACAGCGAUUUUGGGGGUGUGAUGAAUGUCGUGCAUGCUAUGCUGGGCAAGAGCGGUGGGUCGGUCGUUGCGUUCCUGUCGACCGUACCGAACAGGGGGAAGGCCUCGCUUGUUGGACCGGCUGCCUCGCUGCGCUGCAAAAAUGAUUACUACAAGACAAUGGCAGCAGCCUUCUCCAAAAGCAACAUUUCGCUGUCGUACUACGUUUUUUCGUGCAAAAAUGCCGAUUUGCCAUCGCUUAGCCUUCUGUCACGCUUUACGGGCGGGUUCCUCGCGUACUUCCCAAAUUUUGACUCGAACGAGCCCACGUUCCCUCACAAGCUGGACAGGCACGUGCACAUGUUCAUGAGUAGAAAGAAGGCGUACGAGGGCGUGCUCAAGGUGCGGGGCAGUAACGUGCAAAUCUCCGAUUACUUCGGCAACUUUCAUCUGAAAACGAAUGAUGUGCUGGCGUUGUGCACUGUGAAUUUUGAGCACUCGGUUACGUUUGGGUUUAAGAUGAACGAAAGCGUGGCCGAGCUGAAAACACGAAACAGCGGAAAAGACGACCUGACCGAGAUCAAUAAGAUAUUGAACGAGAUUGGGGAGAGCGAUGCGUGUGGGCUGUCCUGUACGGGCGAGGAGAGCGGUGAUUUGGAGGAAAGAGGUGACAGAACAGCAUUUGUUAACAAUUUCCUUAUGAAUGCCGAUGACUGGGUGGUCUUUCAGGUUGCGGUGAUGUACAACGACGAGAAGGGCAGCCGAAGGCUGCGCACCAAUAACUUUGUUGUGCCUGUUGUUAAAACACGGCUGGCAAUGGUGAACGAAUACGCGAUGGCCCAUUUUGUGUUUCUGAAGGCGAUAAAUGAAGAGAUGGGUGGAAAAAGCGGGCUGGCCAUGGUGGACAAGUUUGUGGAGGAGAUGAUCGAGAGCAAGUGCCUUGGCAAUAUGGGCAAGCUGAUGCUCAGCAUCAAGAAGAGCGUGGUGCUGCGACCUGUCUUGUACACGCCGAUGGACUACAGGGCAUUUUACGUGUACCUGGUUCUGACGAGCCCGCUCAAACUGAUCAAUAGAUUAAUUUAUCCGCUGUUGUACGACGUUGCAACGGAGGAACGGAAGGACCUUACGCUCGAUAACCUUGACAUUGAUAGUUUCUACGUGCUUGAUGCCGGCUACAACCUUUUCUUCUUCGUUGGCACGGGUGUUGAGACCAAUCCGGAGGUGCUUGAAAUGGUGGAUAAGUGCUUUGAUGACGAGGUAACGGGGCGUAUAGUGCUCAAGGAAUACGAUAACGAGUAUUCUAAGCAUCUGAACAGUUUUGUUGAACGGCUGAGACAGGGCACACACUUAGAUCCUAACUACUACUACAUCAGAGAUGACGGGAGCAGCAACGUGUACAAGGAUAUUUUCUUCUCGUAUUUUUAUGAUGAUAGCGGUCAUAAUUUAGAGGACGUUGGAGAGUAUAUGAGGAACAUAAGGCGGAAGAUGAAGUGAACGUGUCAUUAAAGCGUUUUAAUUGGGUGUGGCAGAGUGAUUUAUUAAAAUGCAUUUGCUUUGUA